UUCCACCAUUUUUCAGUUGGUUCCUUAUAAUUCCUCUCCACAUCAGAUCAUUUUUGCUCUCAAUUCUCAUAUCUCAAUGUCUCAGUUCGGGAACUCACUCUUGAGGUAUCCAAAAUCUUGCCUCCAAAAAGAAAAUAGAAAAGAAAAAAAAUUAAUACCCCAUUUUCUGUUUCGAAUUCUGGCGCUAGGUGUGUGUAUAUAUAGUGGUGUUAGAUUAGAAGGCGAGUCAGGUGUCAGUCCACAGCAACACUUCCCCAAUCUCUACUUUCUCUUAACCCAUUUCUUACAAAUUCGAAAUGUUUAGCAAGAACUGGGCUUUAAUGGUGGUUUUCUCAUUCUUGGUUGUCUGCCUUGUCACUACCAUGGCGGUGCAAGCAGAGAAUGUACUUCCCAGAAGUGCCUCUGGAUCUCUUUUUCCCCUCAGUUAUGAUUAUUAUGAUGAGAAAUGUGAGGAUCUUGAGGGCAUUGUGUGGUCGAGGAUGAAGACAAUUGUCCAGCUGCAACACAAUGCCCCAGCACAACUAUUACGCCUUAUGUUCCAUGAUUGUUUCAUUGGGGGUUGUGAUGCAUCUGUUCUGCUAGCUGAUAGAAAUGAGAAUGGGACUGUUGAACGUGAGGCCAUCCCGAACAUGACGCUGAAAGGCUUCAACUUCAUUGACACGAUAAAGGAUGAAAUUGAGGAGGCAUGCCCUGGGAUUGUCUCUUGUUCUGAUAUCCUUGUUCUAGCAACAAGAGACGGCAUAGUUUUGGCUGGUGGACCAUAUUUUCCUGUGCUUACGGGGAGAAGGGACAGUAAGGAGUCAUUCUUUGAUGAAGCCAUAGCUGAAAUUCCACGGCCAAAUGGGAAUAUCAGUGAAACUCUUAGGCUAUUUUCGCUCAGAGGAUUUGAUGAGAGGGAAACAGUGGCCCUCCUUGGAGGACAUAACAUUGGGAGGAUUGGUUGUGAAUUCAUUCGGCCUAGGCUCAGUAAUUUCACGGGGACAGGUUUACCUGAUCCAACAAUUCCUGCUGACUUUCUUGAAGAGUUGAAGCGGAAGUGUCCAGACGACAACAACACCAUCAGCAAUAUGUUCAAUGAACAUACAGCUAGGGGUCUGAGUGAGUCUGCUAUAUCAAUUGCGGCUUCAUUUGAUAAUCACUACUACAAGACUUUGAUGAGAGGAAGAGGGUUGCUGUUUGCUGAUCAACAGUUGAUGGCUAAUGAAAAGACUGCAGCAGCAGUGACAGAUUACUCUUUUGACGAUGGGACUGUAUUUAGGACAGAGUUCGCUCACGCCAUGGCUAAAAUGUCAAAUAUUGGUGUUCUUACUGGAUCCAAAGGAGAAGUUCGGCACAGUUGCUCCCGUCUCAAUUCUGAUCAAUGAGUGGAGACUAGUUAAUUCUUCAUGAUUUCUCCUAGUGUUAGAUUUAGGGGAAUCUUGGAUGGCACACACACAGUGAAUUGUUUGUUUUGGAUGGCUUAUGAUCUAGCUACAAUCAUUAUCUGAUUUAACAAAGUUUCUCAUUCGUGCA